UCAAGACUUUGCUGGCCUCCAGCAGCACUCUUUCUAAGAGAGCCUUUCUUAGUACUACAGUACCAGCAGCAGGAAUAACUUUAUUAUACAGCUCGACACACAUACACAAGUACAGAAACACACAAGUAAAACCGGCAGCAGCAGCCGAGCCUCCAAACUAUGAGUGGAGUAUUCGAGCGGAGGGUCCCAACUAUCCGGUCCAGCAACAGUGAUUUCCAGCCAACCUUCCAGCCUACCGUUGCUAUCAUGCACCACCCGUCGCAAGAGUCGCCCACGUUGCCCGAGUCGACCGCCACUGAGGCGGGCUAUUACAGCCCAACGAGCGGAGCCCACCAUGGCUACUGCUCGCCCGGCUCUUCGUCUUACAGCAAGGCUCUCAACGCCUAUCAGUAUCAAUACCACAACAUGAAUGGAUCGGCCACCACCGGGGGGUUCCCGGGCGCCAAAGCCUAUGCGGAGUAUGGCUACGCCACCCCCUACCAUCACCACCAGUACAGCAGCGGCGCUUACAGCAGGGUACAGUCAGCCGCCAGCCAGCCAGAAAAGGAUAUAGUGGAGCCCGAAGUAAGGAUGGUAAACGGCAAGCCGAAGAAAAUAAGGAAACCCCGAACCAUCUAUUCCAGCUUCCAGUUAGCGGCUCUACAGAGAAGAUUUCAGAAAACCCAGUAUCUGGCAUUGCCCGAGAGAGCAGAGUUGGCAGCAUCCCUAGGACUAACUCAGACCCAGGUUAAAAUUUGGUUUCAGAACAAACGGUCCAAGAUUAAGAAGAUCAUGAAGAAUGGAGAGAUGCCUCCAGAGCAUAGCCCGAGCUCAAGUGAUCCAAUGGCUUGCAAUUCGCCUCAGUCUCCUGUGAUUUGGGAACCUCAAGGCCAUUCCAGGUCCAUCAACAGCCAUUCUCACCCUCAUGCACCACCGUCAAAUCCAUCCCCAGCCCCGAGCUAUCUAGACCCUGCCAACCCUUGGUACACAAACUCUGUGGCCCCUCACUUGCAGCCUCACAGCUCCCUGCAACAUCCGUUGGCACUAGCGUCUGGGACUAUUUAUUAACUGUUUUCUGCAUGGACUUAUACAGUGAAGGUUUUAUGAAGACACAGGAACAUUUUGGGGAUUAUUUAGAACAAUGAAACACUGCGAACUCUAUGGCGAGAUUGUGCCUGUAAUUUAUUUGCGUUCUGAAGGAGUUUGAUCCCAAGGACUAAUUUGUUGCAAGCGUGGACACUUUCUGUGGUGCCUUGAAUUUUAUGACCUCAUUUUUCCAGAGACGUUUUUACAAUGUUGUUCUAACCUUGUAAAUAUCUGUAGAUAGAAGAAUUGAACUGUAUAUUCUGGAUAAAUAAAAUUAUUGACACCGAGGAGAUCUGAUCUAAAA